UACUUGAAGGCUAACCACAAACUUUGAAUAUUUCUGCAGAGGGCUGAGGAGGAGAAAAAAAAAUCAAUCUCGCUUGAGGACUGUCGGCUGACCAGACGCGGUUGCAGUAUUGUGAAUUUUAAUGCGGGAAAGUUAUAAACGGAUUGAGUGGCAACUGAAGUUAUUUUGACGCUGCACUCUGGGUUGGUGGAUGUAGCAAUUUUUGGACGGAUUGCGGUCAAGCGCUCAUCCAAGUCUCCUGGUUCAGGAAGAUCUUCAAGAUCCCAUGGAACAGAAUUUAACAGCGAUGCUAUUUUGGCUCCUGGUGCUGCUCUGCAGCUUUGCUGAGGGCAGCAUUAUGUACCGGGUCCAGGAGGAGCAACCUCCCAACACUCUUAUUGGUAGUCUGGCUGCAGACCAGGGGCUGCCAGACUCAGGUCAUCUCUACAAGCUGGAGGUGGGUGCCCCUUAUCUACGUGUUGAUGGAAAGACUGGAGAUAUUUUCACCACUGAGAUCCCCAUUGACAGAGAGACACUGAGAGACUGCCGGUUUCUUGUUAAGGGUAAGCCCUGCUACCUGGAAUUUGAAGUGUCCGUAACAGAUCUGAUACAGAACCAGAGCCCAAGACUCAUUGAAGGACGCAUUGAGGUACAGGACAUCAAUGACAACACCCCCCAGUUCCCAUCUUCUGUGCUCACUAUAUCCGUCCCAGAGAACACGAUCAUGGGGGCACUGUUCUCCAUACCUUUAGCAACUGACAGAGACUCAGAAAGGAAUGGGGUGAGCGAUUAUGCGCUGACAGCAGGACAAGAUGCCGCAACACUCUUUGGCUUACAAGUGGCAGAUGACAGGGGUGGCAAGCUCCCACAGCUUAUUGUUCUGGGCAACUUAGAUCGUGAGAUAAAGGAUUCCUAUGACCUUACCAUCAAAGCUGUGGAUGGAGGAAACCCACAGCGCUACAGCAGUGCUUUGCUGCGAGUGGUCGUCACUGAUGCCAAUGACAACUCACCCAAGUUUGAAAAAUUAACAUAUGAAGCAGACGUGUCGGAGAACAGUCCGGUGGGGCAUUCAGUGCUUCAGGUCAAAGCAAAUGACUCGGACAUGGGUCCGAAUGGAGAAAUUGAGUACACACUUCAUCAAGCAGGAGACCCAGUGCCAAAACUCUUACGAAUUGACCGGUCCACUGGGAUCAUCUAUGUCAAAGGACCACUGGACCGAGAGGAGAUUGACAGCCUGUCCUUCUAUGUGAUCGCACGGGAUAAGGGUCCACAACCGAAGAGCUCAAAGACCUUUGUUACAAUUGAGGUGACAGACCAAAAUGACAAUGCUCCAGCUGUGGAGAUUCGUGGCAUUGGUCUUGUAACUCACAGUGAAGGAGUAGCUAACAUUUCAGAAGAUAUGCCGGUGGGAACAGCUGUUGCUUUGGUGCAAGUAUCUGACAAGGACGAGGGAGAGAAUGCUGUGGUUACAUGUGUGGUUGCAGGGGAUGUGCCUUUCCAGCUCCGCCCCAUCAGUGACUCGUCCAGUGACAACAAGAGGAAAUAUUUCCUACAAACAACCACUCUCCUCGAUUUUGAAAGGGUGAAGGAUUAUCGUGUGGAGAUUGUGGCCGUGGAUUCUGGGAAUCCGGCGCUCUCCAGUACCAACUCGUUGAAAGUGCAGGUAACUGAUGUAAAUGACAACUCUCCAGUAUUCUCCCCAACCUUGUUUGAGGUAGAUUUUGCAGAAGAAAAUCAACCUGGAGAAAAGGUUUUGGAUGUUAUAGCUUCAGAUGCAGACAGCGGCACCAACGCAGAGCUUCUCUAUCAUAUUGUGCCUGACACAUCCAUCAAGGGUCUGUUUGAGAUUGAUCCAAAUACAGGGGAAGUCAGAGCCCGGAACCCCCUUGAUCGUGAGCACCAAGAACACUAUGAGUUUCGGGUCACUGCAACUGAUAAAGGGUCACCUGUCCAUAAAGGAACAGCAAGUGUUGUAAUAAAAAUCCUUGACCGCAAUGACAAUGACCCCAAAUUCAUGCUUAGUGGCUACAGCUUCUCAGUUUUAGAAAAUAUGCCUCCCCUGAGCCCCGUUGGCAUGGUAACAGUCAUGGAUGUUGAUAAAGGUGAAAAUGCUCAUGUUCACCUCUCUGUAGAGUCUGACGGAGGGAAAUUUGUUGUGCAAAAUGGAACUGGCACCAUUCUCUCAAGCAUUUCAUUUGACAGAGAGAAAGAGAGCAGCUACACUUUCCGUCUCAAAGCAAUGGAUGGGGGGCAACCACCCCGGUCUUCUUAUGUGGGUGUAACCAUCAACGUACUGGAUGAAAAUGACAACGAUCCAGUUGUUACAAAACCCUCCAAUUCUUCCUUCAGACUUCUGUCACCACUUGCUUCCCCUGAUAGCCAUGUAGAAAUGGUGGAGGCCGAAGACCUUGACAGUGGGCUCAACGCAGAGCUGGUCUUCAGCAUUGCAGGUGGUAACCCUUACCAUUUAUUCCGUAUUUCACCCUCCAGUGGAGAGAUUACUCUGGCAAAGGAGAUGGCCCCAAAAUAUGGUGGACUCCAUCGGCUGGUGGUAAAAGUGAGUGACAGAGGGAAGCCCGCACGUCAUGCCACUGCCUUGGUCCAUAUCUAUGUCAAUGAAACCAUUUCAAACGUCACCUUCGUGGAGGCUCUAGUUGGACACAGUCUCUACACUCCACUAGACAGGGAUAUUGCCGGUGAUCCUGACAAUGGCUUUGCUGCACAACGAAGCAACAUUUUGUUUGGAAGCCUCGCUGGGGUGGCAGGUGUUGUUAUGCUUAUCUUGGUGGUGGUUUUUAUUCGACACCGCAUCCAAAGAGAAACAAAGAGUGGCUAUCAACCGGGAAAGAAGGAAACAAAGGACUUAUAUGCACCUAAACAGGCGCCGAAAAAUGCCAAAGGGAAACGAGGUAGGAAAGGAAAACCGCAGAAAUCCCCAAAACCACUUGGGGAAGAAGAGGAGGUCAGCCUCCAAAAAAGCCUCAAAUUCAACCUUGACGCAGUCAAUGAUAGCCCAAGGAUACAUCUGCCCCUGACUUACUCACCAGAAAGCCCUGAUAUAGGUCGGCACUAUCGCUCCAACUCCCCGUUGCCUUCCAUUCAGCUACAGGCCCAGUCUCCCUCUGGCUCACAAAAACAUCAGGCAGUCCAGGACCUUCCGGCUACUAAUACCUUUGUUGGGACUGGAGGAGAUGACAACUCUACUGGCUCAGACCAGUACUCUGAUUACAGCUACAAGACCAGUCAACCCAAGUACAACAAACAGCAUCCCCAUCGGCGAGUGACCUUCUCCACCACCAACCCUGUGCAGGACCUGCAAGAUUCCUCUCAGCACAGUUACUAUGACAGCGGCUUGGAAGAAUCAGAGACACCCAGCAGCAAGUCAUCGUCCGGCCCUCGCAUUGGACCCUUGACCCUGCCUGAAGACCACUAUGAGCGGACCACUCCAGAUGGCAGUAUCGGAGAGAGUGAGCACCCCGAAAACGACAUUCGCUCGCUUCCUGAUGUGACAAUGACCGGAAACUGUACAACUGAGUGCAGCGAAUUGGGCCACUCAGAUGCGUGUUGGAUGCCCGGGCAUCCCUCUCCUGUACGUAGGACGAGGAACCCCCCGAAACUCUCCACCUUUGUGCCUUACCAGGAAAGAGGGAGUCUGGGACGCCUGGCAAAUGGCAGCGCCAUUCUGGGUGGCGAAGAGCACCGGUCACGCUUUCCACCCUCUCGCAGUGCCUAUUCUAGCAGCGGUCACGAUGCCGGUCAGGACUGCCCCUUGGAGGAGAUGCCCCUCAGUGUAACCUCUGAGUUCCCGCCCACCUCCCCGUCCGCCCACACUCCGAAAAGAGAAAUCUAUCUGUGAAUAUCACCCGCUAAUCGGUGCAGAAAUGAAGAAAAGCUCAACCGUGGCAGUAGAACAAAUAAAGCUGCCCACCUGCCAAUGCCAACGCCCAGUCGAAAUUAACAGUAGACAGUGAUUCAUUCAAUUACCGGCAUGAUCACUCGGGUCAUUUGCCAUUUCCACCGUCUAAUAAUUUAUUAGCAUAUUUAUUACAAAUUCCACAAGAUUAAUUGAUAUACUCUAAUUUAUUUAUUCACAAGGACAUGGAUCAAAAUGAGUGGGUCAUUACUACUAAAGUAGUAACUAAUAUUUGUCGUAGUUAGCCAACUCCAAUUCUGUCAAGUGAUCUUUUGAAUUUGAAACUUGUGAUCUGUGCUCUUGUGCCAUUGUUAGAGAAUUGUGAUAGAUGGCCAAUACGGCCCUAUCUGAUGGCAUUACGCUUUUAACUAACAAUCAAAUGAAAUGUUCUCUUGCUGUAUAGUGCUGUAAAUACAUUUUGAAUGGUGUGGUCUACAUACUUUUGUCUGGCAGAAGCUGAUUUAAAAAAAAAAUAAGGAAGUUGGCUGAGAAUUUUGGCGUAGUUAAGGUUUUUCUUUGCUACUGCUGCUGUUUAAAACUUGAUUGAAAACAUCUCCUGGAGAGGAGCUCAAUAUUGUGGAAAGCAUUUAUCCGCCUCAUAUAAUCACACACACCUUCAACCCCUAAUCAUAGCAAAAUGGCCUUUACCUCUGCUCCCUGCAGAGUUUCACCGUGGGUGGAGAAAGCUCUGCAGCAACAUUUGAACAGACAUUCUGUCCCAUUGACUCUCAGCACUGUGACCUAUAGUUUAUCAUCAGAACGCUUGACUUGGCCACAGUCCCCUGGAGUCACAAUGACCAAACACCAAAUUGGAUUGUUAUUUUAUUCAUUUCUUUUUCUUACCUUUAUUUUUUUUUGCUUCAAAUCCUUGUGACUCACUCAAAAUAUACCAGUUUUACAUUUGUAUUUUGUUUUUAUCCUUUUCUCAAUCUAGACAAUCGACUAACUAGGACUUUCCCUUCACAAGCUAUGAGGAUGUGGCUACAAUCAAUGAAUAUGUAAGGUUAUUAUUUAUCAGUGCUGAUAAUUUUUUUUUUUAAACAAAAAAAAAAGCAACACUUGAAUCUUAAGUAAAGAAUUGGAGUUCAUGCUGCACUUUUGUCAUCCUCUUGAUUCUGAGCACUUUGGCUUUUUUUUUCUUCUCUUUUUCAAAGUAUCUUAUUAUGUCGCAAGCUGUUUUCAGAGGUAAAUUCAGUGUCGGCUAUGUUUACCACUUGUGGAAGAAAGGCGCGCGGUCUUUGAAAAACGUCAUUCAAGUAAAUUGUCAUUAACAUAACAUAAAAAGAGUUGUUUUCAAGCCAGCAAUACAUCAGUGAAUAUUUUUUUUUUCCCCCUUGGCCACAAAAAUAAAAUGUAGGGAUUUGGUUCCAUAGUGGAGAUUUUCCAAGUCAAUCUGAAGGAUGUGCCUGAAGGACACUUCGUAUUAGUCAGUAAUUGGAAGCCAGUAAAGACUACAUUAGCCUGUCUUGCAACAUGGUACAGCGCCAGGCGGUGUCUUUGAUUCAAACAUCGAUUUGAUUAGACUUGUAGAUACCUUUCACCUCUGCAGCAAAUUUCCAUGGUGAGCUUGUGUCUCUAAGUAAGGAAGAAAGAUCCCCGAAUAGAUGCAUCCUAAUUAGGGUGAAUAAUGAGUCCUGAGCUGUGGCGUGUGUGUAUGAAGCACCUCCCCAGGACAAGGCACCCACCAAAUAAUGCAUAUCUACCUGCAGCACUACAAUCAGUUAAAAGGAUCAGCACUUACCACAUCACGCCGCCAUUGAAAACUGCAUUUAGAGUAAUUGAACUGAAUACAUAUGGAAAUUACUGGACAUGGCCAUGAUUAAAUAAUGUGGGCGAUUAUCCUGCCUUAAGGGGGAGAGAGCGCAUUAUGCCAUUUUCAAAGCCAUUUAGUGACUGAAAUAAAAUUCAAACAACAGCCAUGAUGCACUGUGAUAAAACCCCCACGAGUACCCCUCGGAUAGCCGCUUCAUGGCCCGGAAGCUGGGGUCGGGGGGGGGGGGGUGAUCACUGACCUGGAAUUAACGACAUACUGAAAGAUGGUAAGGAGUGAUAAAGCCAAUGCCACAUCACCUCAGUCGCAACUUUUAUCCGUUUAUGUGUCUUGACUCAUUUAUUCAGUAACUGCAUUGCAUCAAUAUUUUUUUCUUCUUCUGAGAUUAAUCCUAACCUGAUAUCAAACUAAGUACAUGGCUUAUCACUGGCACAGAUCUGAAAAGUAUCUCUUCCUUGAUCACCGAAUUAGGGCAGGGAUGAUCAGCCAUUGCUCUGAAGAGGAAAAACAGGAGGCUGGUUUACUCUGCAGUAUCCCCAAAAUAACAGUUUUUGUUUUCUUUUCUCUCUCUCUCGAUGCGUCGGACCCAACACUGACCUUCAUAUUGCUCCUUGAACAAAUUUUUUCUCCGUCACCUUUGGAUUUCAAGUCAUACUGAAUGACCCCUCUGAAAUAGAAAGAGGAUGACCCUGACUCAAAAGGGUAGGAGGUCACAAAGCACUGAAAUACACAAAAUAUGUUGAAUACUAAUGUUUAAUUUGUACUUUGCAUUGAUUUAAUGUUGAAUUCACUUGGGUAUAUUUUGCCUCUCUGUGGUCUGUAUUGUAAAGUGAUCAUUUCUGUGGACAGAUGGAAAAAAUUACUGUGCUGAAUUUGGCAAGCGAUUUUGUUUUUGUGUCGAUCAAACACUCUUAGCAAAGCAGUUGUGUGAAGAAAAAAACUAAAAAUAAAAAAAUGUAUUGGUGGUGUUAGUGUACAUAGAUCUCCACGACCUUUCGUCUGCUGUCAAAGCAGGCUGGGAUUUUCGCAUGAAUUCCAAAGAUAAUUGGUAGAAACUGUUAACUGUUUCUUUUCUUUCAGUUUCUGACAUGUCAGUGCUGGUUUAUAUUCAAAAAGUUCCAAUCUCUUCGAACAGAAAUUUAACUGCACAUAUAUUUUCAUGUUUUUUACAGUUCAUGGAAAACAAAGACAACUGCCUUGAGAAUGUCUUUGCAAGAGAGAAUCUAGCUGUUAUCCUAAUUAUUGGUAUAUUUAUAUAGGACAAAAAUGCUUGUGAUGCCAUGUUUUUGUACAGUUUUAUGUACAUACAAGUGAUGCUUUCUAAAAGUUCAGAGAAAAGCCGAUGGCACAUAAAAAUUGUAACCUGUUUUCUUGAGCUGUGCACAUCUUUGCCUUGGUUGGAUUGACCUUUGCCGAGUCGGUGUGAAUGUGGCCGUUCUAUGCCUGCACUGUAGUCAUUCACUGGCUCCCACCUCCUGAAGACUUAAUCAAGUUAUGUUAAUUGUGAAUAGUGAAUCGUCUUAUCUUACCAGUUUGUUAAACUCCUGUGUUCAAGUUUGUUCUGUUCUAGCAUGUUGACAACUUCUCUUGUAAU